AUGGUAACUCAAAAAGUGACUCCGGGUGACCCAGGGUCACUCAGCCGCUGUCUCCAAGACUCCAACCCUCCAUCCAUUGCCUCCAGGCCUCCAUCUCAGUCUCGACCACGGCCUCAGUCUCCGAUCGACCACGGCCUCAGUCCAUUCUCUCAGAUCGACCACGGGCUCUGUCUCAUUCUCUCAGAUCGACUCACUCUCACACGGCCUCCGUCUCAGUCUCGACCACGGCCUCAGUCUCCGAUCGACCACGGCCUCAGUCCAUUCUCUCAGAUCGACCACGGGCUCUGUCUCAUUCUCUCAGAUCGACUCACUCUCACACGGCCUCCGUCUCAGUCUCGACCACGGCCUCAGUCUCCGAUCGACCACGGCCUCAGUCUCCGAUCGACCACGGCCUCAGUCCAUUCUCUCAGUCUCGACUCACUCUCACACGGCCUCCGUCUCAGUCUCGACCACGGCCUCAGUCUCCGACCACCACGGCCUCAGUCCAGCCCUUCGACUCUGUCUCAGUCUCGACCAAGUCUUUUUCGAUUGAUGAGUAAGAGCAAACAAAGGAUCAGCCUUGGUUUGAGAAAAAUCAAAACUUUGUUUUCUGAGGUGUUAAUCGAGCAGGAUGAGUAAGAGCAAACAAAGGAAUGGACAGUAGCAUCUCUGCGAAUAAGUUUUAGCUUGCUCAUUCAAAACUCUCAAGUAAUAUCUUAACUUUGUUUAUUUCCAGCUAGAAAUGGAUGAUAUUAAUGCUGAUAACUUGACAGAAGCUGGAGCUUCAUCUAUUAAAAUUUGCAGAUUAGAUAUAUGUAACAGUAAUAAGCAUGUUCAAUUUUAUGCCCAAGUAGAAAU